UUCAGCCUAGGUUAGCUACCUAUCACUAAGUAUGAUACUAGGCCUACUAUUUAUUAUUUUUGAGUCAAUCAAUAUCACACACAUAAGCAACACUUUUUAAAAGUCUUUUUAAAGGCCAAACACUGCUGCCAUGACCUCUCAACAAAGUAAUUUAGAACUAUGCAAGGAAAAGAUGAAAACAUUGAAAGUACCAGAUGAGUUAAUAGAGCAAUUUAAAAACGCCGAUGAUUUACGGUCGUUCACCAUAGAAAAGGCUAAAGCUAAAUCGGAACCACCUGAAUCUUUUAGAUUCAAAAAUUACUUGGACAUAGUUCAGGUUCGUGAGGAAAACUUGGGACAAAAGGAACAAGAAACUCUAAAGGUGUAUAAUGACCCAGUCCACGGCCACAUUCAGACCAAUCGGGCCCACCAGUGUAUUGUGGACACGCCUGAGUUCCAGAGGUUACGCUUCAUCAAGCAGCUGGGCAUGGUCUACUUUGUGUUUCCUGGUGCCACACACAACAGAUUUGAACAUUCCCUGGGGUCUUGUCAUUUAGCUGGCCAGUUUGUAAAGCUGCUAAGAAAGAAUCAGCCUUAUCUUGGAAUUACUGACACAGAUGUUUUGUGUGUUGAAAUAGCUGCUCUUUGUAGAGAUCUGGGUCAAGGUAUGUUGUCCAACUUUUUUUACGAACAACUUCUCCCUUGUCUCGACAAUACUGGAUCAACAAAGCUUGAAGAUAUGUCUGUCGCGAUGUUUGGGAGACUUAAGAAUGGCCCGGCUGGUACCAAGCUUAAAGAAAAACAUUUCUUAGAUGAACGGGAUUUUACUUUCAUAGAGGAACAGAUAAGAGGAAGCGGCUAUGAAAACGAUGGGACAUGGCCGUGCAAAGGUAGAGGCAAAGAAAAAGCAUAUCUUUACGAGAUUGCUUUCAAUAAACGCAAUGGUAUAGAUGUAGAUGUAUUCGAUUCAAUAGCGCGGGACUGCCACCACAGCGGAAUUAAAAACAACUUUGAUUGUCUCAGAUACAUGAACUUUGCUAGAGCUAUGGAGGUUGAUGGUCAAAUGCAAAUUUGCAUGAAACGUGAGGAUGCAGGAAACCUGUACAACAUGAUGUACACAUUGUACACACUACACAGAAACGCAUACCAACACAGAAUCAAAUGUGCAAUUGAUGCAAUGGUUCUUCAUGCCUUAGAAAUGGCAAAAGAUUUUAUUUUUCUAGCAAAUGAAAAAGAGACUUUAUCAAAAUGUGUGAAUGGUAUGGGAAACCCCCCUGAAAUGUUGGAUGCUUUCAUGGACCUAACAGACAACGUAAUUUCUAAGAUACGGUACAGCGAGUCCCCUGAACUGCUAGAAGCGAAAACUAUUAUUGAGAAUAUUUUUAAAAGAAAACUGUAUACACUGGCCCAAGAGAGUGACCCAAUGAAUUCAACACAACUUUCAAAAGGCCGUGUAGACGAACUUCAAAAUUUGCUCGCAUCAAAGGGUCUGGCUAAAAGUUAUAUCGUUCAGGUAACUCAAUUAAAGUUCGGCGCGGUAGGAAAUGAUCCGGUGGAGAAGCUGAAUGUAUACACCGCAGACAAUCUGCUACAGUCAACAACACUUGCCCACAAAGAGGUUGGUAAAAUACUAGGCAGAAACAUUACUGAUGAAGUUAUAGUUAGAGUCUUCAGCUGUGUUGUAGAUAAUAAAGGAACGGGAGUGUACCAUACAGAUGAUUUACAGGAGUUGAAGGCUGUUUGGGAUGAGUGGGUUGGUGAGGUAUCAAAAUAACAGUGUAUUCAAGCAAUGUAUACAAAUGAGUAUGAUUUAACAUCAAGCAGUGCAGCAAAUGUAACCAACCACCUUGUAAUAGAACCAUACCCGAUCAGGAUGAUAACAGUUUAAAACUACAAGAUUUACAAUGUGGGUUCUUACAACAACAGCUGGUAACUUUGCUCAACUUUCCCAACCAGAGCUCAAGAUACAUACAACAAAACACGGGGCUUUGUGUUUUUUGCUCUAGUGUACUAAUAGUAUUCGUUGGGCCCACUUAUUAGUUAUACUCUGAUAUCUUGAAUAGACUUGUUCUUAUAAAGAUGGACGAUUGAAUGAAAGCAGGGUCCAAGGCUUAUGAGAAGAGCCGGAUGUCGCCCAUGUAUCAGACCAACACUCACUGCUCAGGACUAACCUACAUCUCAGCUGGUCAAACCUAUUCCAUUUUGUGCUACAUUUCAUUUUGGCAGGUUUUCAUUUUGAAAUAUUUUAAAUAAGAAAAUUAUAAUAUUUAUUUACUA